AUAUGAAAGAAAACAAUAUUCUCUUUGCAACUACAACAAAACAAUCAUCUGAUAGCUGUGAUAUGAAUAAAAAGCAAUCGGAAGAUGAAUGUAUUCUUCCAGAAAUAUCUUCAGGAUCUUCUGAGCCGGUUAAUACAAAACAGCAAGCUGUUUGGGACAAACGUGCAACACUUGCAUUACUAGCUUUAUAUGAAGCAAAUAUAGAAAACAUUGAUCAUCCUAAAAAGAAGACCAAAAUUUGGUCAAAAAUUUCCAUGGGUUUGCUCGAACAUGGUAUUGAGGUGAGUUUCAUCUUAAUAUACAAUGUGCAUAUAUCAAAGGUCUUUAGAAUUUCUCCUAUAAGAUGGAAUAAAUUUAAUUGUGAAUUAGACUAAUUUUUUUAUU